AUGGCGGCGGCAGCGGUCGACAGCGCGAUGGAGGUGGUGCCGGCGCUGGCGGAGGAGGCCGCGCCCGAGGCGGCGGGCCUCAGCUGCCUCGUCAACCUGCCCGGCGAGGUGCUGGAGUACAUCCUCUGCAGCGGCUCGCUGACGGCCGCCGACAUCGGCCGCGUCUCCAGCACCUGCCGGCGGCUGCGCGAGCUGUGCCAGAGUAGCGGGAAGGUGUGGAAGGAGCAGUUCCGGGUGAGGUGGCCUUCCCUUAUGAAACACUACAGCCCCACCGACUACGUCAAUUGGUUGGAGGAGUAUAAAGUUCGGCAAAAAGCUGGGUUAGAAGCCCGGAAGAUUGUAGCCUCAUUCUCAAAGAGGUUCUUUUCAGAGCACGUCCCUUGUAACGGUUUUAGUGACAUUGAGAAUCUUGAGGGACCAGAGAUAUUUUUUGAGGAUGAAUUGGUGUGUAUCCUAAAUAUGGAAGGAAGAAAAGCUUUGACCUGGAAAUACUAUGCUAAAAAAAUUCUCUACUACCUACGCCAACAGAAAAUUUUAAAUAACUUGAAGGCAUUUCUUCAGCAGCCUGAUGACUAUGAAUCGUAUCUUGAAGGUGCUGUAUAUAUUGACCAGUACUGCAAUCCUCUCUCUGACAUCAGCCUCAAAGAUAUCCAGGCCCAGAUUGACAGCAUCGUGGAGCUUGUUUGCAAAACCCUCCGGGGCAUCAACAGUCGACACCCCAGCUUGGCCUUCAAGGCAGGUGAAUCCUCCAUGAUAAUGGAGAUAGAACUCCAGAGCCAGGUGCUGGAUGCCAUGAACUAUGUCCUUUACGACCAACUCAAGUUUAAGGGGAACCGGAUGGAUUACUAUAAUGCCCUCAACUUGUACAUGCACCAGGUUUUGAUUCGCAGAACAGGAAUCCCGAUCAGCAUGUCUCUGCUCUACUUGACAAUUGCCCGGCAGUUGGGGGUCCCACUGGAACCUGUCAACUUCCCCAGUCACUUCUUGUUAAGGUGGUGCCAGGGUGCAGAAGGGGUGAGCCUGGACAUCUUUGACUACAUCUACAUAGAUGCUUUCGGGAAGGGGAAGCAGCUGACGGUAAAGGAGUGUGAAUACUUGAUCGGCCAGCACGUGACAGCGGCGCUGUAUGGGGUGGUCAACGUGAAGAAGGUGUUACAGCGAAUGGUGGGAAACCUUUUAAGCCUGGGAAAGCGGGAGGGCAUCGACCAGUCCUACCAGCUCCUGAGAGACUCGCUGGAUCUGUAUCUGGCGAUGUACCCGGACCAGGUGCAGCUUCUCCUCCUUCAGGCCAGGCUCUACUUCCACCUGGGGAUCUGGCCAGAGAAGUCUUUCUGUCUUGUCUUGAAGGUGCUUGACAUCCUCCAGCACAUUCAAACCCUAGACCCUGGGCAGCACGGGGCGGUGGGCUAUCUGGUGCAGCACACGUUAGAGCACAUUGAGCGCAAGAAGGAGGAGGUGGGCGUGGAGGUGAAGCUGCGCUCCCACGAGAAGCACAGAGACGUCUGCUACUCCAUUGGGCUCAUUAUGAAGCAUAAGAGGUAUGGCUAUAACUGUGUGAUCUAUGGUUGGGACCCCACCUGCAUGAUGGGACACGAGUGGAUCCGAAACAUGAACGUCCACAGCCUGCCUCAUGGCCAUCAUCAGCCUUUCUAUAAUGUCCUGGUGGAGGAUGGCUCUUGUAGAUAUGCAGCCCAAGAAAACUUGGAAUAUAAUGUGGAGCCGCAGGAAAUCUCGCACCCUGAUGUCGGACGCUAUUUCUCAGAGUUUACCGGCACGCACUACAUCCCGAACGCAGAGCUAGAGAUCCGGUAUCCAGAGGAUCUGGAGUCUGUGUAUGAAACGGUGCAGAAUAUUUACAGUGCAAAGAAGGAGGACGUAGAGUAACGUCUGGUAGAGGACACUGCACCUUUGCCGCUGCCGCUGUCCUCCAGGAGAACAGGAUUCCGGAAGAAGACGUCUCCACGGAUCCCUCUGGAUUCACACCACCAGGAAAGCCACUUAACCAGUAGUGCUGGUUGCCUCCUACCAAGUUUAAAUAACGUGUGCUCUCCUCCAGCUGCAAAGACAAUGUUGCUCUCCGCCUACACUAGUGAAUUCAUUUGACGGCACUGUGUUCAGUGGCAUGGCUUGUGUGCUUGUCCCGUGGUGACAGUUCGUGACAUUCUGUCUUCAUGAGGUCUCACAGUCGACACUCUUAGAGUCAUUCUUCCUGCUCACUUCCCGUACGUCUGUCUCCACCUGUCUCAGAACAUUUCAUUUGCCAGACGAGGGGGGGUCCCAUGUUGGCAAUAACUUCUUUCUGAUUUCUCUGCGGAACACGUGCAGUCCUGAGUCGGGGCUGCUUGUUUACCCUCAGUUGAGUUGCUUAUUCAGAGGGGGAGGCUGUGAGUGAUCGUGGCAGCAUCUGAGAGCUGGGGACAUUAACAGACUAACAGUAAUCAGAAUCCUGCGCAUUUAUUUUUUCUAAUAUUUGAAACAGAUUUCAGGCGUUUUAUCUUCUCUAUUUGAAUUGGGAGAGUAACAUAGCUUUUCCUUCGUGUUCCUCUCAGAUUUAUGCUCAUCUCUCUGCGAAUCCUUAGUUUUCUGUUUCAUUACAUAAAAUCUUUUGAGAAAGUGCAUCAUAAUGGCCUUUAUGGAUGGAUUUUCCCACAUUCAUCUACUAUUCCUUCCUUUAACAUAACUACUUUCUUUUUCUUUUAAUUUUAAAAAUUGUUCCAGUAUCAUGAAUAGAUCUUAAGUCAGUGGCGGGGUCUCUUUAUAGUAGGAAGUAUAAUCUGGUGUUAAAAUGUUUGCUUUUAGAAACCAUACACAGUGGUCUCCAAAGACCUGAAAAGGUUUCACUUUUGUAAUCGGAAAAAAGAAAUAAUGAACCUUAUACGUUUUUUAAAGAGGAAAGAGGAGGUUCUAUGCCCCCUGUCAUCCCUUAGAAUCACUCUAAGGCCCUUUUGAGUGUGGUGGGGUGGAAACAAGGAGAACGUCUUUAAUUUGAAGAGUGUUCGAUCAGUGGGGAAGGAGGCGGGGGGUCCUGCUUUCUCGAAGCGCUGCUGUCUUGCAGAUACCCCUGGCUUCUGCCCUGUGCCCUUAGUCCCGGAGCGUGAGGGCACCGGGUCCUUGCGCGGCUGCGGGCGCCUGCCGCUCUCCACCUGCCUGUUCUCAAGCGAGCUAGCUAAUUUGUAGUUAACCAGUAGAAGCUAACUCCUGGAGUUAGGACCUAGUUACUUUACUCGGAGUUGAAAAGAACCCAGUUGCUCUGGUGAGUGAGGCUUCGGGGGCUGUGAUCUGGCCCUGCCUCGCCGCCCUCCUGUGCAUUUGCAUGCUGUUUCCCAUGCCGUGUUUGAGGACUGCCUCUCGUUUAGCCCGUGGAAGCCCUGGGAUGGCUGAGGUUUGGGGAAGCCAGCUGAGACCACUUAGUAGUAGUACCUGGCGGCUGGUAAGCAGUUGUAGAGACGAGGGUCUGGCGGGCCGGCUCCUGCCAGCCUGAGUUAGCCUCGCCAGUGUCCACGUCCCUCGUCAGUCCGAUCCAGAGCCUGAUGGGUUAGAUUUGCCUGGGAAAUGUGACCACUCACAGCACCCAGCCUGCUGAGGCUGGGGGUCUUACACUACUCUCGUUUAAAGGUGAGAACUAGUUUAAUCCGGAGGUAAUACUAACCAGAUGCGUUACUAAGAAACUGUGGAGCAUGCUGAGUUAUAAUUGAUUUCCUUUUUUUCUUAGAGUAACAUCAAAGCCAAGAAGGAUGGUUUUACCUUUACUGACCCAAUGUAAAUAUGUAUCUAGACCGUUUUUAAACGUGUUGCUUCAUUUGGCUCCAGGAAGCCUCUGUCACCUGUGUCAGUUGGUAUUUGGGCACUUUAUAUUUUUCUAAAAACGUGUUUUGGAUCUCCUGUACUCUAAUAAAUCAUAAGUUUCUUUUUAAAACUUUUUCCAAAAGUUUCUCCAUUUUAAAAAGCCCUGUUACAACAAAGUAGGACUUUCACGAUGUUAAAGUAUUAAGUAUUUGGAUAUAGUAACUUCUUUCCUCUUCAAAUGAAUGCCAAGAUUUUUUUGUAUAAUGAUUAAUAAAUGGAACUUACCCAGAGAAACCA